CGGCGUGCGCCAGUCGUGUCAGUCGUGUCAGUCGUGUCAGACGUGCCAGUCGUUUCGGGUGCGUGCGCAAGACAGCAUCUCUCGCGUGGCAGCGCAGGAGUGGUAUUAUCGUUCGCCGGGUGUUCCUCCUUGCGAAUCGCCAGCCGACCCCCCGUGAGGCUUAUCGGUGUCAUAAAAGUUGCGAAGGUUGUGCGUGCGCGCGUUUUACUUAAUCAUUGCGACAACGUUACGCAGUGAUUGUGGCAAACUGAGGAUUGGCGAGUGCCAUCGAUCGAGUCUCCAGAGAGUUCUUCACUUUCCGAUUGGCAGUGACAAGAAGAGCGACGAAUAAAGUUGAUCCUCUACUUCUCGAGGAGGAAACAUCGAACGGUUGUAAUCGAGUGCUGAGGAACGAGGAUCGACUGUUUAACGGGAUCCUAAUAAUAGACGAAGCGUCGUGCGAGAAGCGAGCGCCUAUAAAUACCCACGAAACACGAGCCCGUGGAUAGGACGACGUCGUGCUCGAAACUCGGAAAAAUCGCCAGUGCUAAUCGAACCGAUCUCGGCAUCUCGAUUGCACCUAGAGACUAGAAAGCUUAACGAAAGAGGAGAACAGGCGUACCGAGGGAGAGAGAGAGAGAGAGAGAGAGAGAGAUGUCAUCCAUAAUCUCGGAUACAGUAGUCUGGUAAUGCAAGACAAUUAAGGCCCCUCGGUGCUCUCCUGGAGGAUUACGGAAUAGUUGCGGUCGCCACUGGAUACUCUGUCCGGUCAAGCGCGGAUCGAGAAGGAAUAAUUAAAAAAGCAGCGAGGGACUAUAGGAUAGCGCACAAGCACAAGCAAGAGCAAGAGCAAGAGAGUGUAGCGGAGUUUAAAAAACGAAAGGAGUGUCCAGAAUAGAGCGUCAGAGGAUGCAGUGUUAGAACUUUAACGGAAAGCGUAGCUGCCCUCGCGAGAGGUAAUACGAGAAAUAUCCCCGAGUGCGCCGGCAGUCGUCUCGUCGAGCCGCCGCGACACCCGAGACCCACGAGACCCACGAGACCCACUACGCAGCCUAAAAAUAUCUCUGAGUGCUCGGAGUUACCCCACAUCCGCGACCCGACUUUGGGCUUCUCUCUCUCUCUCUCUCUCUCUCUCUCUCUCUCUCUCUCUCUCUCUCUCUCUCUCUCUCUCUCUCUCUACACUCUACUCUCUUGUUCUCCGCGGGCUCCUCUUUCCUCUCCUCGCUUCGCCUCAUCUUCCUCCUUCGUCGAUAACGCAACGGCACUUUGCUUCCUUUCGUAUUUGUCGACUGUCUUCCCUCGUAAUGCCUCUGGAAGAUUUUGCACAAGAAGAAUAAGACACUCGAGAGGAGCCCAUUGCUUGGGACGUUUGACAAUCGUCGCUGGCGGCUCGAGGAUAAAUUUGAGGGAGUAGAGAGAAUAUCGCAUCGACUUCGGAGGUGGUGGACAUCGGGUGAUCCUGAUGCCCGUACCAGCAUCGUCUCGCGAUUGUGGAUGAGACGCUGCGCGCGCCUCGUCCAGGCAGUGCUCCACCAGGAGACGGCUGGAACAUCUUCAGCGCCUUUGCAAGGAUGUCCAGACGUAAAUGGCCAUCCAACUAGUAGGCAGUCGCGAAACCGAAAAAAAGUAUAAGAGCCCCGCGAGAAGAGAGGACACGCUGGCGGACGGAAGAAAAAGCAGAGGCUUGGCGAGCGAAGAAAGAGGAUCGGAGGAAGCUGCUUCCGACAGGAAUAUGCGCCAUACUUAGCCCUUUGAAAAUAUUGAUCGAAUCAGCAAGACCAAGAGAAAGUAGAGGCUGGUCUCGAGUUCUUUAUAGGUUACGUAGCAAUAAGUGCGUCAAGAGUCGUAGUGCUCGAGAGGGUGUUUCACGGUGGAGGGUGGAGGAAACGGUGUGCCAGGGGGCGGGGUGGUCCCCGGAGAUGAGGUGAUGAUGGCCUACGGAGGAGCGACGUCCAGUGCUCCCGGUCCCGGUAGCAUGGGACCCUCUUCGGUGACUGACGUUCUCGGCUCUACCGGAGAUUACAGUCCUCAGGGCACGCCGACCCCACUGGGUGCACACGCGGCAUCGCUCGACUCAACAGGGGCCUACGGAUCCGCCGGCGGGCCCACUACCUACAGUCCCCAGGACAGCCCGGCGAGUUCCGCCGGCGGCGCGACGUCCAACGGGCAGCUUCCUAGCUUCGGGUUCACCCAGGAGCAGGUCGCCUGUGUUUGCGAGGCGAUGGUGUCGUCUGUCCAGGUACUUCAGCAGGCUGGGUCCGUCGAGAGGCUGGGCAGGUUCCUCUGGUCGCUGCCAGCCUGCGCCAGACUUCAUCGGCACGAGAGCGUCCUCAAGGCCAAGGCCAUCGUCGCUUUUCACCGGGGCAACUUCAAGGAACUCUACAGGGUCCUCGAGAGUCACACCUUCAGUCCGCACAAUCACACGAAGCUCCAGGCCCUCUGGCUCAAGGCCCAUUACAUCGAAUCGGAGAGACUGCGAGGGAGGCCUCUCGGUGCCGUCGGAAAAUAUCGGGUGCGACGCAAGUUUCCCUUGCCAAGAACAAUCUGGGACGGCGAGGAGACGUCCUACUGCUUCAAGGAGAAGUCCCGCAGCGUCCUGAGGGAAUGGUACGCAGCCAAUCCUUAUCCAUCCCCGCGCGAGAAACGGGAGUUGGCUGAGAGUACGGGAUUGACCACGACCCAGGUCAGCAAUUGGUUCAAGAACAGAAGGCAGCGCGACCGUGCGGCCGAGCACAGUGGUCAGAGGGAGGACAAGGGUCACGGCGGUCGUCUCGGAGAUUCGAGUAGCGAGAGUGGCGAUGACACCAAGCGGCAAUCGGUUAAUCAGCAACAGCAACCGUCGAGCUGUGCAGUUCAGCAGCAACAGCAGCAGCAGCAGCAGCAGCAACAGCAAAUAAUCGAGCAUCAGCAGCCCACGAGCAUGUACCAACUGCCGCCGCCUGUCUCGGGAUCAGUCCCAAGUCCUCAUUCCUAUCACCAAGGACACGCAUCUACCCUGAGCCAUCCCCAUACGCCCACCCACCAUAUGCAACACCACGAUACCAGCAGCGAGAGUGGGGACGACAAGAGAAACAUUCACCACCAGUUGCAGCAUCAUCUCCAGGGAGGCCAUACCAGUCAUGGGUUGGUCCAUCCGACUGCGAGCCUCCCGCCACCGCCGCCCAGUUGCGCCCAGCAAAAGAGCCAGCUGGAUUACAUGCAGUACUACAGUAGUCAGGAUUACCUGAUAGGUACGCCGACCUCCGCUGACCUGCAGAAGUCUCUGCCGCACACAGCGUCCUCGAUGCAAAUGGGCGCAAUCGCGCCCUCGAUGGGCGGCCUGAGCCCCAUGGGGCCUUCGACGAUGCUGCCCAAUACGAUGCAGAGCGUCAACUCGAUGAACUCCAUGUCGAUGAACGGCAUGAGUAUGGGUGCCUACCAGGGAAUGGGCUCCAUGGGAAUGUCUUCGUCGCACGCCGGUUAUCACAGUGGACUGGUAUUGGGUGACUAUCAUUCGUUGUGACACUGGGUCCAGGGCAGCCAGAGUAAACGCGAUCAGGAGAAGACCUAGCGGAAGGUCAUCUUCGUGGGCAGCGGGGGAGAAAACGCCCAGAGAUCGAAAGAGGGAACUUUCGAGAUAAGUGAGUUUAAUGGGGGCGCGCGCGAGACUCCCACCAAUUGCAAUUUUAAGCGGAUACCAAAAAUUUAAGACUAGAGAAAGAACAAAAAAGGGGAAUUCAAUGAAGAAUCGGGGAGAAGAAGAGGAGGAGGACUACUACUUUACCUCUGUUUCUUCGAUAGGAGCAGCCUCCAUACGAAAGGACGAAUGAAGUGUGCCUAGAGAAUGCUCCCGUACGAUCCUGCUACUCUUUUUUUUUCUUUUUUUCUUUUUUUCUUUUUUUCUUUCUCUUGGAAACUACAAUUUCCCAUCUUUAUCUCGCGGACGUUUUUAAACCUGCGCAUAUGAAAAUAUCCAGCUGUCUUAGAUGCGUUCCUUCUUUCGAAUUCGUGCCGUCUCUUAUAGGAAAUCCGAAGCACGGCGGCCUUGUAACAAGUAAAGAGAUUAGCGAAUUUGAAAAUGGGAUGAUGGAUAUUCGGUAUUAAUAGCAAAAGACAUAUUAGCAUUUUCGUUUGCAAACUCGAGUCAUACGCCGUUACAAUAAUGUAUUAGCCUUUGUUCGUUAAUCCUUUAAUCGUAACCUGGAAUAACUAUUUUAUCAAUUUAUCCAGGCUCGUCCACGGGCCACCCAGUUCCCCACAACGCAAUCAUUUUAUUUCUAAUUUUCUAGGAUGCCUACGUAUGUCCUAAUUAAGAGGAACGAAAUACCUAGUAAUGUCGAUAGAACGUACCUAAUAUUAUUAACGUCGCUGUAACGAACAACAAGAACAACAACAACAACUAUACACUUACAUGAUUAUACGCUUUUUGUGUUUAUCCUGUACAUAUGUAGAUACUCCACACACACGCACACGCACGCGCACACACACACACACACACACACACACACACACACACACACACACACACACACA